CUUCAGAAUAUAAAUAUCCUGCUUUUUUUUUUUCUCUAAAACUCCUAUGUCCUAUUUUUUUUUCUCUGUUCAUCAGGAAAAGAAACAACAGAAACCCACCAAAAAGCUCAAAACCCAACUGCAAAAAUCCCAACAUUUAAUGCCGAAGAUCUUGUCUUUGUGAAAAGGAAUUUAUCGCAUAAUUUUAUUUAGAAAGACCCAUUUUGAGAAAAUUACUUACAAAUGGAUAAUGUUAAUGUUGGAGUUUUAAAGAGAUGUUCUUCAGAGAAGAAAUUAGAAGUUUCUGACAUGCCAUGUUUGGAUAACCAAGAAUUUCAUGUUCUAGCAGUUGAUGACAGUUUUGUAGAUAGGAAGGUCAUUGAGAGACUCCUAAAGAUUUCAUCUUGCAAAGUGACAGUGGUAGAAAGUGGCAAAAGGGCAUUGGAGCUGCUUGGAUUAGAUGAAGAGAAGAGCUCUGUUGAGUGUAAGGGAUUGAAGGUGCAUUUGAUUAUCACAGACUAUUCCAUGCCUGAAAUGACAGGAUAUGACCUGUUGAAAAAAAUCAAGGAAUCAUCAAUAUUUAAAGAGGUUCCUGUGGUGAUUAUGUCAUCUGAGAACAUCCUUACUCGAAUCGAUAGAUGCUUGGAAGAGGGAGCAAAGGAUUAUAUACUAAAGCCUGUGAAACUUUCUGAUGUCAAGCGCUUAAAACAAUUUAUCCUUCAAAGUGAUCACUCAAGUGAAGUAAAGGGAAAUGGUGCUAUACAAGACAAUAAUCUUGCAUCACCAAACUCAUUUCGUAGUGUGGCGAAUCCUCCCCUUCUCGGGUUUCCAUGUUCUUCGCUUAAGUGUGGCUGCAUUUCGAGACAUCUCAGGUUUCGUAACAGAAGCUCAAAGUACCCAUCAGAACUGUCACUGCACUGAUGAUCAUUUGCUCAUUAUCUGUUGUUUUUUGAGGUUUUUGUGGGUAUAUGAUGAAGUGUAUAUGAAGAGGAUUAGAGAGAAAUUAGUGGGGUGAAACUGAAAACUGUUUAAAGAAGGGUAGUAAGACAAUGCUGCUUCUUUUUCUCUAUACAAAUUAGAUUUUUUUUGUGGUGACUGAAAAAGACCCAACAAAUUUGAUUGGAUUUUGGGAAUUUUCUUGUGUUUGGUUCCUUGCUUGUUAUUGUAAGAAAGCUUACUAAUAUAGAGCUGCAAAUCUCCAUCAGACCCUGAGUUCUGAAGUUGAUUGCUUGUCAUUGAAUUUCCACUUAAACAAGCCAUUGACAGAUAAUUCUCUGCAAAAUCCCCUAAUAGAUUUGGUCAUCAUUCAAAUAGUUUUUUUUUUUAAACUGGUUAGAUUACCAAGAUUUGAUCAAAACCACAAAUUCCACCAUGAUUUACCACGUACAUUGUCAUCUAAUCAAGUAUAAACCUCAUUAUAACUAAAUAGCAUUAGAUCAUUUGUUAAUCUACAUUAUAGCAUUUCAAACCUUGAAGUUUGUAAGAAAAAACCUAGACGUCGAUAUAUAAGUAAGUAAUUCAAGUACCACUAUGAAGAAUACUUAACACUUCAAGCAACACAGUGAAUCAUCCGGAUGACUCAUUGAGUCGACCCGCUGAAAAUCUGCGAUGAAUUGGAAAGAUCAAAGAUGGAAAAGAGAGAGAAUAGUGAAAAUGGGGUAAGAUUUGGGUUUUUGAGAAUGAAAAAGAAUGGAAGAGAGAGAGAAAGUCAUUGAUCCACACUUAAAGAUUCAUAACCCAGAUCUUAUUUUUUGCAUGGAUUUGAAUUGAAAAUAAGAAAAAAAAUUGAUCUUCUCUGCAAAAUUUAUGAUUUUGA